GUCGUAUUGCCUCAUUGCUUGCCUCGUUGGUCCAGAUGAGCAGUGUGUACUGCCCACAUCAAUCCCCGAAGAAUCAUAGUAUCAUCAUCAUAUUAAUCCCUGAGAGCCUGACGCAUUUCAAUCCAGGGGUUUUCAUUGGAAAAUAAGAGUUCCUGUCUUUCAGCGUGCUAGAUACAUUUAUCAGACAUGUUUUCUUCCAAACUCUUACGCAUCGUACGGCCUCUCUGCAGCAGCUCACCAAUCCGACCUUUGAUAUCAAGAAAUCCUCAGGCGAAGAACGCCUUCUCGACAACCAAAAUGUCUAACUUCCCCACCCCAUCGAGUGAUCCUCCAAGAAGGAGAUGCAGUAUUUACUCGACAUGACCACGGCCUUGCCAUCCGCCUCUGGCGAAUUCCGUCGCCACUCGAUGGGAUAUUCCCAGCUAGUUCUCAUGACUGUUCCUGUUGGCGGCGACAUUGGCGAAGAGGUUCACACCGUGGAUCAAAUCCUUACCUUUACGUCUGGCAAGGGCCUUGCGCAGGUUGCCGGAAAGGAGCAGGAAGUCAAGGCUGGCGACAUGGUAAUUGUUCCUGCAGGAACUAAGCACCAGUUCUUGAAUAGGGGGCCGACACCGUUGAUUCUGUACACCGUUUACUCGCCAGCUGAGCACAAGCCAACAGCGGUUCACAAGACCAAGGAUCAGGGUGACAAAGAGGAAGAAGAUGGCAUCGAUAUAGCUCCAGAAUGGAGUCGACGUAGCAAGGAGCAGAAUGAGAAGGAGGGUUGGGUUAAGGGAGAGUAGAUUAUUUGUAGACACAAUUUCGGGAUGGAGUGAAUGGUAUGAGCGAUUCAAUGUUUCACAGUGCUG